UGACUAGUGUCACACUCAAUCGGGUACACAUCUGCCCCACAUCCCGAAGCCAGCCAAAGCAACCGGGGCAAAAUGACCAUGCGCGACUCGGACGACUGGGCGUUGCGUGACAACCUGCAACUAUGCGGAUCCGUGUCUCCCCCUACAUACGCGGACCUGCGCACAGCCGCACACCUUCAGACCUUCGACGUGCGGGACGGCGGCGCGGCACUAUGGGGCGACGGCGGGAAGCUUUUCCUGGUGAACGUGCUCCACCAGAACCAAGCCAAGGCACCGAAGGAGCUGCUGCUGAAACACGUGACGCUGGACCCGCCGCUGCAGCCGCAUGAGGCUGCUGAAGUGGAGCAGGUCAAGCUCAACGCAAGCGGCUCGCAGAUUCUGCUGCUGGCCAAGAGCUGGAUCAAAGUGCUGCGAUUACCCGCCGAAAAUAAGCAAAAGCCGCAGAGUCUGCAGCGCCGAGCAGAGAAUAGCAGCACACAGAGGUUCCUCGUGAGGUUCGAGGACGGCAGUGAGCAGGAGGUCACGCUCAAGGAGGACGAACUUAAGGAGCAGUCCAGUAUCGCAGAGCAGGUCAAGCGGCGCGCGUCGCCGGGCAAGCGCGUCGCCUUCGUGUCACGCGAGAAGUCUGUGGCAGCAGUGAGGGCUGUGGGCUACUUCAGCAAUGUGCGGCACGCGGUGUGGCACCCGCUCAGCGACACACACCUGGUGGUGCUGUCGGAUGCGGAGGAGAUCGAGGUGUUCAACACGCAACAGGACGUGUCUAAGCCGGAGCAGCGCCACCGACUGGACUUCCCCACCAAGGCUCGUGCUACGGGAGCUUUCUCGACGUGCUUCUGUUUCGGUGCUUCGAUCCAGCAGCCACAGGCAGUGCAAACGCAGGCUGCGCAGAUCUGGGACGCGUUCACGUGCUACGUGCUGCGCUCGGAUGGCGCUGUGUACGCGCUCUGCCCCUUGGUGCCUUAUGAUUGCUGCAUUAGCAAGACGUUCCUGCAGAUUCUGAACACUGAAGUAGACGCACAGAUCGCCGUCUGCAAGCAGAAGAUGGAGGCCACCGGCAGCGGAAACGGACUGCAGUCCCGCCUCCUUGAGCUCAAGUCGCAGAAAUAUUGGCUACAGGAAGGCUGGGCGCCGGCAUCCACACAAACGCGGCGUAGCAGCCCUCGCUUUGGUGGCCGAACACAAACGUUUCCUGUUGGAAGUGACAAAACUAAUGCGGAUGUGUUAUGCUACCUGUGUCCUCACGUGAGCGGCAUUUCACCUGACACGUGGCCCAUCGCCCUGCAAGGGCCUGUGGAUGUGACCCCCCAGUCGGUUGUGGAAGGCAAGAAUCAAGUGUCAGGAGGAUCUUCAGCGACGUCGUUGCUAGUGGUGCCUCAUGCCUCGCGCAAUUCGGCGGAGAAGCGUCCUACCAGCGCGUCUCCUUUCUUGAUGCGCACGUUCACAUCAGGUCACGUUGAGCUGAUUUUACUGGACGCUCCUAUCCGGCCGCAGUGGAGAAGCAAUCGCCAGUCGGCAGCUGCUAAUGCCACACGCAAACUGCCUGCAUUGCUGCUCGAGUGUCUUAACCUUGGUAUUGACGAUUCAGGUGGCAAGGCUGUGCUUGAGCGGGACAUUGCUGACCCGCGACUAGUCUAUUGUCUGCACUCGACUGGCGUUCAUGUGAUUAAUGUGAGUUGGGUGUUCGCUCUCGCUUCGGGUAAACAGUUCACAGCACUCCCGAAGAGCUCCGUUCGCCACGUUUUCAGCGUGUCUCCAAGCAACGCUGGUGCUUCUACUGCUGCGUCAUCUGCGGUAUCAAACGUUGUUGGAGCCCGUGUUGUGAAGAACGUGAACUUCGGUCAUUUGCUGUUACUUCGUCUCGCAUCUGGCAGCUUUGAAGUCGUCAAUGUUAGCGCCGCGUCUAGUGAACUACUCAAGGGGGUACUCGCAGACAGCAGUAACUCGAGUCCUGAGAAUAUCCAGAAUACAUUACCCGAUACGUUAGCGUCGAUGGCGUCGUCGAAGUCGCGUGCUUCUAUAGCUGCAUCCAGUGACAACUCAGGUGACGGCGGGAUCAGACCAUUUGGAGAUAUUGUUGAGGAAAAACUGGAAGCUCUGAGCGCACGUGGAACGAGAGUCACUGGCAACACUCUGAUGCACGAGGUAGAUGACGCUGUUCUUGCCUUUGUGCUGGAAAGAGUGAAGAUUUUGUAUGAGGACGUGGAGUACGUCGACGAGAUGGAUCAGCUCAUGCGCGAUCGUCUUCAAUUGCAUGCUACGAUGAUCAAGACACAGGCUGAAAAGGUGGUAGAGGCACAGAAGAACGCGAACGAUGUCUCUGCGUCGAUGAAGAACCUGCAGGAGAAGUUGGAGCGCGCGCUGGCGGUGCAGCAGAACCUGAGCAAGCGCGCCGCAGCAGUUCUACAGGCCGUGAAAGAGAACCAACCACAUUUAUCUCGUGCUGAGUGCGAGUUCAAGAGUGAACUCGAGCUGAUGGCUGUGGAGGUACGCCGCAUGAAGCCUCGAGUAGCGGAGUUGACCGUGCAGGGCCAGCGCGCGGUGCGGUCCCUCGAGAACGCAGCACUCUCGGCAUCCUCCUCUCGUCGAUAUUGGAGUCCUAUUAGCGCUAUAGGUGGCUCGUCGGUGCUGUCGAACGACAAGAAGAAAAUGUGCUAUGAUGUCCUGCGCGCUGAAACGCAGCUGAUCGACGAUACGAAGGUACUACUGGAAGAUCUGAGUGCGAACCUGCAGCAGUUGAAGGAGUAAGGCGCGUAGAAAAUCGUCGAGAUAGCAAGCCGUCUCGAGCACUUUCCAAAACAUUUGCCUAUUCUCGAUUCUUUGGACUCUUUCAUAAAGGAUGAUGAGUCGUGUAGCAAGCGUAUACUUUAUGCCUGCGCAGCGAACCUGAAGGGCGACAGCAACAGCAACAGCAGCAACGUUAGCGUAGCUAG